UUGAUAGUCCUCGCCACUGUGUGAUGUGGUGAGGAAGAAUAUAUAGUAAAAUGAGAAGAGAGAGUCUCUUGAGGGGGAUUUUUGGUGGCAGGAAAUUUAUGUUUUCUGUGGCAGGUUGUAACAGUAACACACGACGGUGGCAGUGGGAUCUUGUUGGCACCAGGUUUUCUACUCAAAGCUUAGGAAGCAGGUGUAGGGUAGAUCUGAUGGAGAGAAAGGAUGUUAAGAAACAAAUGACUCGUGUUUUGUUUUGUGGACCUCACUUUCCAGCUUCUCAUGAAUAUACAGCACAGUAUUUGCACAAUCAUUCAUUUAUCAAGGUUGAUGUUCUUCCCUUGGAAGAUGUGCCGAAGGCUAUUUCCAACUAUCAUGCUUGCAUAGUAAAAAGCAUGAGGCUAGAUUCGGACAUAAUUUCUCGUGCAGUUCAGAUGCAGCUUAUAAUGCAGUAUGGUGUUGGGCUGGAAGGUGUUGAUAUUGAUGCUGCAACAAAGCAUGGAAUCAAAGUUGCUAGGAUCCCAAGUGAUGUUACGGGAAAUUCAUCUUCAUGUGCAGAAAUGGCCAUAUAUCUAAUGCUGGGUCUCCUCCGUAAGCAAAAUGAACUGCAAAUUUCAAUACAACAGAAGAAGCUUGGAGAGCCAAUUACUGAAACGUUAUUGGGGAAAACUAUAUUCAUUUUGGGCUUUGGGAACAUUGGAAUGGAUUUAGCACGGCGAUUGCAUCCGUUUGGUGUAAAAGUUAUUGCUACAAAGCGGAGCUGGGCUUCAGAUACACAGCACACUAGCAAAUUAAGCAGAGACGAAGUUGAUGAUCUGGUUGAUGUGAAGGGUAGUCAUGAAGAUAUAUACGACUUUGCAAGAAAAGCUGACAUUGUUGUUUGCUGCUUAAGAUUAAACAGUGAAACGGCUGGUAUCAUAAACAAUAACUUCAUAUCUUCUAUGAAAAAGGGUGCCCUUCUGGUGAAUGUUGCUAGGGGGGGUCUUAUGGACUAUGAGGCUGUGGUUAACCACCUUGAAUCAGGCCAUUUAGGAGGAUUAGGCACUGAUGUUGCUUGGACUGAGCCAUUUGACCCUGAUGAUCAAAUAUUGAAAUUUAAGAAUGUUAUCAUGACUCCUCAUGUUGCUGGUGUUACAGAACAUUCUUAUAGAUCCAUGGCUAAGGCUGUUGGUGAUGUGGUUCUUCAACUUCAUGAAGGGCUUCCUCUGACAGGAAUAGAGUUAGUCAAUUGAAUUAGUGCAGAAAGUUCAUUCCUAUAUCUUCCAGUUAUUAACUUAUGAAAGCGUUUGGCACGUGGACAUAAUAAAAUAGAACGUUCUAUCUUAUUCUCUUCGGUUCUAUGAUUUUUAUGAAGCCAAAAUGUAUCACUUUUUAGUUUCAUGUCUUGUUCUGUUCUGUUCUGUCAAGUAUUAUUCUGACAUGUAUGGCCUGGUCUAGAAUGGAAUAACCCAAAA